AUGUCAGCCAUCCAGAACACUCUGCAGUCGAUCCAGGACCAGCUGGAGUCCAUACCGUUCUACGACGAUCUGGUAGACAAGUGGAACGAGCUGGCCGGGGACAAGAUCAAGACAAAAGACCCGUUUGUCGAGGAACUGCCCGACGGCUCGACGCGCAAACUGAAACUCCCUGACAACGCUACAAAGGAGCAGAAAAAGGCGUGGAAACGAAUACAAAGAAGAGCAUGGAUAGACGAUAAGUGUUUCCUCGGAUGCUAUCCAAUCGACUGCGGGAUAGGCUUGGGGCCGAUUCUGGUGAUGCUUCCGGGGAUCGGGCCGCUUCUGAUGUACGCGAUUCACGCGCGUCUGAUCCACAUGGCCAGCCAGGCGUUUGACAUUGAUCCCGCAACCUACUCAAAAAUGCAGGCCAAUAUCUUGUUUGAUCUGCUCAUCUCGUUGCCGCCCCUGGUUGGCUCUUUCUUUGCGUGGAUGAACGGCUGCUCUACGCGAAACGCGGCCAUGGUACACACUCGAGUUCGAAAGCUGCUUGCUGCUCAGAAGCAACAGCAACAGCAGCAGCAGCCCCAAAAUCGUCCAGACCGCUUGCAGCGGCCCGCGCCCGCCGCUUCUCCAGCCUCUAACCCGCCGCCACUGCCCCGUAAAUCGGCUACAACACGAGAUCACCCAGCGGCGAGAGCCGCAAUCUACAGGUUUGCCACAGAUCAAGAGGAAUCAGACAUGGUGAAAGAUACUAAGCUGUACGAUAUUUUGGGUGUGUCCCCCGACGCCACCGACGCCCAGCUGAAAAAAGCUUAUCGGUUGGGUGCCUUGAAGCACCACCCAGACAAAAACCCUUCCCCGGAGGCAGCCGAGAAGUUCAAGGAGAUUUCUGCGGCGUAUGAGAUUCUCAGUGAUCCGGAAAAAAGAGAUUUGUACGACCAGUAUGGUGAAGAAGGUCUCAGCGGAGGAGGAGCGGGAGGCAUGAACGGAGCAGACAUUUUCUCGCAGUUCUUUGGCGGGUUUGGUGGCUUUGGCCAGCGUGGUCCGACCGGCCCUCAGAGAGGAAAAGACAUCAGACACACUAUUUCUUGCACUUUGGAAGAGCUCUACAAGGGUAAGACUACAAAGCUGGCUUUGAACAAAACCGUGCUAUGUUCCACCUGUAAGGGUAAGGGCGGUAAGGACGUGAAAAAGUGCUCCUCGUGUGACGGUACCGGUAUGAAGUUCGUCACCAGACAGAUGGGUCCUAUGAUCCAGAGAUUCCAGACCACCUGUGACGUUUGUCAGGGAGAGGGAGACAUCAUUUCGCCUAAGGACAGAUGUCAGACCUGUAAAGGUAAGAAGGUCAGCAACGAGAGAAAGAUCUUGGAGGUUCACAUCGACCCAGGUAUGCAAGCUGGCCAAAGAGUCGUUUUUUCUGGCGAGGGAGACCAACUUCCGGACAUCAUUCCGGGUGACGUCAUUUUCGUGAUCGACGAAAAGAAACAUGAUACCUUCAGAAGACAGGGCCACGACCUGUUCUACGACGCCAAGAUCGAUCUGCUGACCGCUCUGGCAGGAGGUGCCUUUGCCAUCAAGCAUUUGAGCGGAGAGUACCUAAAGGUUGACAUUAUCCCUGGCGAGGUGAUUUCCCCAGGCUCCGUGAAGGUCAUCGAGGAGAAGGGUAUGCCUAUUCCAAGACACGGAGGCUACGGAAACCUGUUUGUGAACUUUGAGGUCAUCUUCCCACCUAAGGGCUUUGCUACUGAGGAGCAGCUUGAAGCACUGGCCAAGAUUCUGCCCCCAAGACCAGCGCUCAACAUUCCAAAGAAUGCCGUUGUCGACGACUCUUGCGUCCUGACUGACGUGGAUCCUAUCAAGCACGGUCAGCGUAGAAACAGAAGCUACGACGAAGAUAACGACGAGGAAGAGGAAGGCCAGCCUGGAGUCCAAUGUGCACAGCAGUGA